AUGAAAGUUGGCGACUUUGCAGAUCAGUGGACUGCACAGAUGGGAUUCCCGCUUGUAACUGUGCAAACUUUCAACAGCACUCAUGUCAAGAUUACACAAGAACGUUACAAGAAGAAUCCUAACGCUGGGGAUCCGGAAAAAUAUGCGAAUCCCAAAUAUGGAUUUAAAUGGGAUAUUCCCAUUUGGUAUCAGGAAGCCGAUUUAGCAAUACAAUUAGACUGGCUAAGAAGAGGUAAAUGCAAGCGAUAA